UUCAUAAAAAGUGACAGCGACAAAAACGGAUAAACAAAUGGAAAAAAUCUAAUAGCUUUUUUAUGUCCAUUGAACUCACAGGCGUAAACAAAUUCCAGCAGAUCCAGAUCCGACACCCAGUUAUCUCCUUAUACUCUCGUUAAUUGUACAUUUCAGCAGGCUCAUCAUAAUAGCAAAACAAUGUCUAGAAGGCCCACUUCUACUCGUCGCCUUGCAGACAGUGGGAGCAUUCCACUUGUGGGUUCAUUGCACCCCAAAUCACGCCCAUCUCCUCUAUUGUCUGUAGGGCUUCUUGCUGUGGGAGCAUUACUUAUUGUUGGUUACAUGUAUCAUGGUUCAGGAUCGAGGAAUGGUGACAUAAUGGCUUUAAGUAGAUUGGAUGGUGGUGUUUCAUGUACUCUAGAACUUCAGAAAUUAACCCCUAUUCUUAAGAAAGCAUAUGGUGACAGCAUGAGGAAAGUGUUGCACGUAGGCCCUGAUACUUGCUCAAUAGUCUCUCAACUAUUAAAAGAAGAAGAUACUGAAGCUUGGGGUGUAGAGCCUUAUGAGUUAGAUGAUGCUGAUGCUACCUGCAAAAAUCUUGUAAAAAAGGGCAUUGUGCGUGUGGCUGAUAUCAAGUUUCCUCUUCCCUACAGGGCAAAGUCAUUUUCUCUUGUCAUAGUGUCAGAUGCAUUGGAUUACUUGUCGCCGAAGUACCUGAACCGAACCGUUCCUGAGCUAGCGAGGGUAUCAGCUGAUGGUUUAGUUAUAUUAUCUGGUUUCCCAGGUCAUCAAAGAGCUAAAGUGGCAGAGCUAUCAAAGUUUGGUCGCCCAGCUAAACUGCGAAGCUCAUCUUGGUGGAUAAGAUUUUUCAUACAAACCAGCUUAGAAGAGAACGAAGCGGCUACUAAGAAGUUCGAGCAAGCAGCAGCCAAGAAGUCAUACAAGUCGACAUGCCAAGUUUUCCACCUCAACCCGUUGCAUUAAUUAUCCUUUCAACAUAUGCCCUCUUUAUGAAAAUGAUGCAAAAGAGCAUCUUUAGUUCUUACAAGCUUUAAAUUAUAAAUGUGGAAUUUUGUGUUUCCUUGAUUUAUAUUAUCACGAGACAGAAAUAUUGUUUGAUUAAAUUUUUUGUUUGUACAAGUUAGCAUCCGCCACCAUGUAUUUUUCAAAGUUAGAAACUUGAAGUGGGAUUAAUGUGUAAAUUGAAACACGUGAUUUCUAUCCAAGAGUCACUUGGAAAUUGGUCCGUAGCUGGAUGGCGACAUCGGUUCGCAUCA